UUUUCUUCCCUCUUUUCUUCCUUCUUCCUCCUUUCUUAUUUCUCUAAAAGGGUUUUGUUUGCUGUGGGAGUUUCGUUUGAAAAUCAAGUCACGCCUUUUUUCCUUCUUUUCUUUCUUUCUCUUUUUUUUCUCCUCUCAGCAGAAAAGGGGAACAAAGAUUAACUGAAGCGGGGGAGAGGGGAGCGUCCGAACCUCUCAUGGAAAUGGGGGGCCCGGCCCUGCCCGGCACAAAGGGGGCCGGGGGCCUGCCCCCCGUGGGAAGCCCGGGCGGCCUCCCGGGAGGAGGGCCGGCGGGGGCGGGGGCGCGGGCGCGGCUCCGGGGUGCUGCGCCUUCCCAAGUGCGGGCGAGAGGCGCCGCGUCCGCCCCCUCCCCAGCCAGAGGUGGAAGGCUGGGUGUGUUCUUUACUUAUGUAUUUUUAAAGUAGGCAGAUGGGCUGGGAACAUCCCCGCAGAGCACUGAACGGUAAAAGCCUUAGAACAGCUGUUAGCAGAGCCCUGGACGGCCAGACUAGAGGGAGCGGCGCGGGCCGUGAGCGCCGCGGCCGAGGUGGGAAGGACUCAGAGGAGCCCCUGCGAUCGGCGGUUUUGCGGGGUCCUCAAGCGCAGGGCCUGGGCCUCGGCCCCGGGCGCACUGCUGGGGGGCGCCGAGGCGUGGCCGCUGGCCGCGCGGCGGUCAGGUCCCUGGCGGCUCCCCGCACGGCCGCGGGGUUUGGCCCAGCCUGGCCUCCUCCCAGCUCCCGGGCAGGCCGGACGGCCGGCCUCCGACCUCCGAGACACCCGCCAUCCGAGCCGCUUCCCGACUCCGACGCAGGCCGGUCCGGAGCCCUCGGGCUGAGCCGCCACGGAGGGUCAAUUAUUCAUGGGGCGCCUGGGCGUGCUCCCAAGACCUGCUCUGCCCCCGGCUUCUCCAGAGGAGUGGGGAGAAGACAGGGGAAAAGUUCCCAGAGCAAAGUUGGUCACAUUUCUCAUUUUCCCAACUACUUUGCUGGGUGCGAAGGACUGAAUCAUCAGCAAGACGCAGUCCUUGCUUUGGUCAUGCAGACUGGCAGGGGAAGGAGCAAGAAAGGACAGGUAACCACAAUGCCAUGUGAUACAUGCAAGGGUGAACUAAGGAAGCACCUAAGAGGGUGCUUGGAUGAGGGUGGUCAAGGAUGGCUUCCUGGAGGAGGUUAUAUCUAGAUGACUAGGCUUGUGCUAGCGAAAUGCAUGGGAGGGAACAGCCUGUCCAAAGGCCCCAGGGCAAGAGAACACAUUCUUACAGGUUCUGUGAACUAUCAAGAGUUCAAGUAUGUGUUGCAGCUAGAAUACAAGUGGGGGAGUGAGGAGUGAGGAUGGUGUCAGGGCCCAUGUGGAGGAGGGGGGAGGGUGUCAGGGAAAUGUUCAAAUUUUAGCCUCUCCCACUUGCUAACUUCGUGAACUUGAGUGAAUAACUUGGCCUUAGUGAAUAAUUUAGACCCAGUUUCCUAACUUACAAAACUGGAGUAAAAAGACCUGUGGGUUGCAGAGACAGGGACUCUUUUUAAGGGUCCAGGCUUACUUGCUGCGUAUUCCCAGGAAAGCGAACCUCUCUGAGUUUUCUUGUCUGUAAAAUAGGGAUGAAAAUACCUACUUCGCAGAGUUGUGAGGCUUAAAUGAGCUCAUGUGUAGCAUGACAUCUGGCACGUAAGCACCAAUACCUGGUAGCUUUUAUUCACUAUUACUAUACAUCAGGGAGUCACAGGGAGGUACCCUUCCAACCUGGAGAUGAGAUUAUGUUCCGGGUUGAAACCAGAGUGACUCACCGUACCAGAAACAUGAUAACCCGGCUGUGGAGGAAACAUUUCUUCGAAGAUGCCCUGUGUCCCAGUGGGUGCCUAGGAUCAGGGAACACCCACGUCUGAUCAAGAUGGCCAGGGUAUCUUCUUAGGAGCAUGGCUGGAACUUGAUGACUGUGGUCACCAAGGCCCAGCAGGAUCAGUGGGUGGUAGCCUGCCUGAGGAGCAGCCAGGAGUCAGAAGAGGGGUGCGCCUGGUAAAAUCCCAAAGGGCCCUAGGAGCAGGGACCCGGCUGUGUCUGCUCAGGGGAGGGGAGUGAUCACAGAAGUUCACACUGGGGGAGGUGGGAGGCCAUUAUUGACUCCCCCAGAGCCUGAAUAAAAUCUCUCGAAACUUCCGUCCUUUGCUUGGCUUCCUGGUUCUCCAGGUAACCUGCAGAUGAACUUGGCACCAACAGAAUGCCCCCUGGAUCCAGGCAGACACCAGCGUUCCAGUUCCUGCAUUGUAAACAUUUUACUCUUCUGUUAUUUCUUUAUAACACAAGUUCAUUGUGAAAGAAUUUGAAAAUCAACUAAGCAAAAGUAAAAGAGAACCCUGUGUAGAGA